AUGGCAUCUGUCAUAGAAACAAGUCAUACCACUGACUCUAGCCGGAGGGGUUCCCCGGAUGUCGAACUGCCGGGGAAUUCUACUCCCCCGGACACACUCCAAUCCACCCCGCAUAGCGAUGCAUCCGCCGUUCAGCAGUUCACAGACCACCAGUCCCGAGAGCUUCCUCACUCCCGGCUAAUGGUCGUCUUCCCGGUUCUGGCCUUGGCACAGUUUACGGCAUACCUAGACCAGACUUCCAUCUCGAGUGUUGUCCCAGCUAUCGGUGACGCACUUGAUCUGGGAGCCUCAUUGCCAUGGGUUGCAACCUCUUACUUGCUUGCUACAACUGCUGUACAGCUAGCCAACGGGCGGCUUAGUGACAUCUUUGGCCGCAAGCGACUACUCAUCACUAGCCUAGUAGUUCUGGCCAUCGGAAAUUUGGUGGCCGGGUUUGCGACUAGCCCCGGCAUGCUGUUUGCGUUCAGGGCAGUCAGUGGCCUUGGUGGUGGGGCGAUUACUGCUCUGGUUAUGAUUAUUGCCAGCGAUGUCACGACACUGCAGCAGCGCGGUAAGUACAACGGCUUUAUAGGCGCAGCCGUGGCUUGUGGUAGUGGAAUGGGACCGUUGAUUGGAGGGGCCAUCACGACACAUGUUUCGUGGAGAUGGACCCUUUGGUACGAUGUUCCGUGGCUUGUCAUUCUGAUUAUGCUUCUAUACAUGGUUCUCCCCGGUGGCCCGAAGGGAGUCAACACACGGUCGAAGAUGAGAAUGAUCGAUUGGGCUGGUCUUUUCAUCAGCAUUGCAGCUAUUGUCCUCCUCGUGAUUCCUCUAUCUCGCGGCGGUACUACCAUCUCUUGGGGUAGCGCUCAAGCAAUCGCCAUGCUCGUGGUGGGAGCAUUUCUGAUACUCAUCUUUCUUGCUGUCGAGGGGAGGUUUGCAUCUCUGCCCAUCAUGCCUCUACAUCUAUUUACAGCCGAUUUCUCCUGCAACCUUUUGCUCAUACAGAACGUUUUGUAUGGAUUUGUAUUCUGGGGGAAUCUUUUCUACAUGCCCAUUUACCUUGAAAAUGUUCGCGGAUAUACCCCUAUACUCGCUGGUGCCAUUAUUAUGCCGAUGGUUGGCACUCAGGGCAUUGGGUCUAUCAUCUCGGGGCUGAUUAUCUCCCGCACAGGACACUACAAUCAUGUUAUGAUCACCUCGCAAUUUCUCUGGAUGGCCGGACUGAUUGGCCAGAUAUUCUACUCUGCCACGACCCCUAUAUGGGUAGUCUGCUUUGUGGGAUUCUUCCAAGGUUUGGGAACCGGCGGCUGCUUCCAGCCGAGUCUAGUUGCCCUUUUAGCCCACAGUAGACGAGCUGACCGUGCUGUUUUAAACUCGCUACGCAAUUUUCUCAGGACCAUGGGUGGCACGCUAGGCUUGACGGUCUCUGGAACCAUCCUCAAUAAUAUGCUGCAGUCACAGCUGAAAGGUGUGGUCAGCAAGGGUAUCGCUACGCAGCUCGCUGCUUCCGCACAUUCUAUCGACAGUCUAGGCUUGACAGGGGCACAAAGAGCAGCUGUACUGGAUGCAUACAUGCAUGGUAUUCAUAUAAUCUUCAUCGUGUAUGCGCCACUUGUCGGAAUAUGUGGCCUGGGAGCAUUGCUUGUCAGGGAUCAUGGCCUGGCAGAGAAAGACACCAGCGCGACGCUACAGGUGCGGUCGGAGAAGACUGGCAAUGUGACAGACGUUUCGUCCGCAUCUACUCCAAUAUAUACUAAUGAAGUAGCUGCGGGCUCCAAAUAG